CGCCAAAAUUUCGCGCUUCCUGCCCUUUUCCCUCACUGAUCUCCAGCGGUCGCAUUCUGGCUCCAGACGCCUAGGUUGACCAACCCAGCCCAGCAACAAUAACCACAGCACACAACCUGACGCGGAACAGUUUAUUUUAAAUUGUUGGAUCACCAAUCCAUAGGUGCCCUUUUUUUGACGCAAAGCAUUUCAGCCAGCGCGUCAAAAAAGUACAGCACACCACACUGCCCUACUUACUACCUUACUACCUUUUAGUAGGCAUUGUACCAAUCAGUCGGCAACCACCUAAGCACCACAUUCAACAGCCAACAACCGACCAAGAAAAGAAAAAUACACACACACUCACAACUAACCUACCCUACCACUAAUCAACCACAAUGCCUCGCCCAAAAAAGACGGAUCCUCCCCGCCAGCCCGCCCCCGUGGCACCCGCACCGACUAUGGUUCCUAUGGCCAUGCAACCCGUCCCUCAGAUGGCGCCUCAGCCCAUUCAGCAACAACCUCUAGCUGCUGGACCUGCAAUCCAACCUCCUAGAACGAUUGGAAUUGAAGAGUUCAUCCGAGUUCGCGAUAGCGUCCACGCCAGAUUCAACACCAUAACAGGAUUGAUGAAGAGCUUCUCAGAUGACUUCCUACGCCAAACCAAUCUUCUAAUCGGAGAGCCUGCACCCUUUGACAAUGGCACAACCCAUUCCAUGCAAAAUCUGAUCGCUAACCUAGAUGGCAUUGGUCAGCUGGGUGACUUUGGGCAUGUCGAAGAGAAGAAGGAACGCAAGAAGAGGACUCAUGAUCCUAACGCUCCUAAGAGACCUCUAACUCCCUACUUCUUGUACAUGCAAACUGCCCGUCCCAUCAUCGCCAAUGACCUUGGUCAAGAUGCCCCGAAAGGCGCUGUACAGGAGGAAGGUCAGCGUCGCUGGGCAUCUAUGACCCCUGCCGAAAAGAAUGCGUGGAACAAUGCAUACCAGUUUAACCUCCGGUUAUAUAACGCGCGAGUACACUCGUACAAGGCUGGCAAUCUUGACGCUCGAAACAUGAGCGAUCCGGAUGCGCUUAACUACGCUGACGCGAAUGGAAUCCCCCAGCCCGUUUUAUCCGGAGAAGAGGCAUAUGCUCCUAAUGACCAGGAUGCUAUCGCCGAGCAGCUGCAGAUGGCAGUGGCGCCCGCGCCCGAGCCUGAAACCCAAACUCCUAAAGCCAAGGUCACUAGGAAGCGAAAGAGCACCGCAGCUGAAGUUGAGGAUGCCGAGGCGAGCGCUGCUAAGACCGCGACGCCUGCCAGCCCCGAUAAGAAGCGUAAGAGGGCUUCGAAAGUGAUCGAGACUCCGGAGGAACCUAAGAAGUCCAGUCGGAAGAAGAAGGCUUAGUGAUUGUACCAAUACGAAUUGCGCUAGACACGAGUGCGUUGACUACUUCAAAUUCCCUUCGUUGUUUAGAGGUAUACCCGACUACAUCACACUUCUCCGUCCAUGUGUGUAAGAAGGGCAGUGCUUUUAGCUUGCUUUGCGGACUACAGGGGGGGAUUUAAGAAUCCCAGGAGCGGAAUAUAUGCUCGAUGCCAAAGAGAUAAACCUAGCCUUGCGGAUGAGGGCCUGAAGUAGCAGGGGAGUAGUUAUUCAGACUCUUCUGACGUUGCAUUAUGAAUUACGAGGAUCCUACAGGUACCCGUUGAGAGGGGGGAUGGCGGAACCUACCAAAGGGACGGCGGACUGAGGGAAGGAGUUUUAUUCGAGGGGGGUUUUGAAGUGUCGCGAUUAACUUGUAUUUACAUGGCUUUUCACAUGGCUGUGCAUUGAAAACCCGUAUUUCUUCAUUUCGUGUUUUUGUACCUAUUUCAUCCCCGUGGUUUUGACGUGUCAAUGAGUCCGCCCGAGUGUGUAACGGGCACGCCUUGUAGUUUUUGAGAGCUUCUGAGAUGUAGCACCUAUGGACAUCUUGCAAUAAUGAUAUUUGAUUCGGGACGUAAAAGAUGUUUAAGCCACCCGUCUCGUUGAAGCUC